CCGAUUUGAAGGGUUGACAAGGAGAAUCGCUUCCCGGGUACCCUGUCCCUCUUCACCUGGUAGCCUAUAAGCAUAGAAUGCUAUCCCUGUCCCUCCGCUCGUUCCACGUUGAACAGAAUGGCCAGAGACGCAUAGAGAACUGUCUGUAUUCUGAAGGUGAAGGACUUUGUAUUUACAUAAAGUUCUGUAGGCUAUAAAUACUGCGUAUUUGAUCGCGAGGAUGGCUGCGAAGAUGGAAUUAAUCGAAAGGACAGUAAGUUCCGAUAUCAGAGUGAAAGUUUGCACAGCACUCCCUCUGAGAUGGAGACGCGAAUAACAUAAUUUAUUCACUUUUUCUCAUAACGGAGCAGCCUUUUGGAUUUAUUGUCUGCAGCUAUUACGCGGCGCCGGACACCUGCACCCGACUUGGCCGAGACGGCUUCUACGCGGCUCUCCGCUCAAUAACAAAUUGCUCAGAAGCACUUCUUGAACUGAAUCGAUCAUUUCUACUCGUAUCUGAACUGUUGUCAAUGGUAGGCUACUUCCACACAGGCAGUUCAUUUGUUGAGCUUUGUUGUGCAGUUCUGUAAAUCACUGAAUGCGAAGGAUAGGCGACAGUGGACAUCCGAUAAUAAAUUGAUACUGGAUGUGUCUUCAUGGGCAUUUGAAUAGUGUCAGCAUCAACUGAAAAGUAACAAAGCUCAACUAAGCUUUAUAAAUGUCUUCCUCAGUCAUCUCUUCAUAUCGCUUCUCCGUCCAGUAUUCACUGCCUGAAUUGUAAUAGCUAAAACAGGAGAGAACUGUGCCUCCACCUCGCCCUGUCCAAAUUCAAAGCCAGUGUAAUAUUCUUUACAGCACUGACUCACAAUGGGCACAGUACUAUCCCUUUCCCCUGCAUUCAGGAAGAACAGCUACUAUGACACGCGGCCUGGCUCACUCAACCACUACCCGAGCCUGAGCAGCCGUUCGCUCAACACUCAGAAAGACCGCGCCAGUGGCCUGAAACGGGGCCAGUCAAUCUUUCUCCCAGCCCUCACCUGGAAACGCCUGGUCGCCUCCACCAAGAAACGAGGGGGCUCUAAGAAAUGUCCUGGGGGUCCGGGGUCACUUGGAGACCCCCUCAACAACAACAACAUCUACCAGAAGGAUCCGGUGUUGCACCUCAACCGCGAGAAUGUCAAGAAGUCUCUGUCGUGUGCCAACCUCUCAAGCUACGAUGGGCCAACGGGACUGGGUCUGGGGUUAGGCUUCGGCCAGGGGCACUACAGCUAUGGCAUGGGCAUGAAGCCCCAGCAGCUGUCCUCUGUCAAGAAGGUGCCCCACCAAGGAACGGCUGCCUCAUCCCCCAAGCGCAUCAUUGUCCAGGCGUCCACCAGUGAACUUCUCCGGUGCCUGGGUGAGUUCCUGUGUGGCCGCUGCUACCGGCUGAAGCACCUCUCCCCUGCGGACCCGGUGCUGUGGCUGCGGGCGGUGGACCGCUCUCUGCUCCUCCAGGGCUGGCAGGAUCAGGCCUUCGUGACUCCGGCCAACGUGGUGUUUGUCUACAUGCUGUGUCGUGAUGUGGUGGAUGGAGACCUGGUGGCGUCAGAGCACGAGCUUCAGGCCACACUACUCACCUGUCUCUACCUGUCCUAUUCCUACAUGGGCAAUGAGAUAUCCUACCCACUGAAACCUUUUCUGGUGGAGGCUGGCAAGGAGGCCUUCUGGGACCGCUGCCUAGCCAUCAUCGACGCCACCAGCGCCAAGAUGUUGCGCAUCAACGCCGACCCGCACUUCUUCACCCAGGUGUUUGCUGAGCUGAAGAGUGAAGGGGGCUGCAGCCCACAGGACUACAGCCGCGUGCUGGACCGGUGAGAGGAGGGGUAGUGGGGUACAACCCCCCCAAUCCCCAUCCCCCUGUCCUUUCCCCCCACCUCUCUGCCAAACAAUUCCCACCCGCUCCAGCCACCUACCUCCAAGAAUGUAACACAGGGAUAAGGGACUGCCCCCCCCCACCCUCCACCCCCGUCUAAUGGUACAUCCCGAGACCCUGCCAUUAACCCUCAGUGAGCCAUCCACAUUAAGACAAUGGGGAAACUUGUCCCCCUAAGACUAGAUCAGAAAUUUGCAUGUGUCAUCAAUAGGGUUGAGUGCUUAUGUUGUUAGCACAAGCCCUUUUGUGUUAUGUAAUACUCACCUGAUUUUACUUGAAUGGUGGAACCAUUUGGUCCACCUGUCCUUCGUGACCCCAUUCUCACCUCUUGUGUCUCAGUGAGCUGGGGGAACAGAAACAGAAACAGUCAUCUCAGCUGUUCCCCCCCUCCAGUCUCUCCCCUCUCUCCUCCCUUCCCUCUCCCCACUCUCCCCUCUUCCCUCUUUCUCCCCUCUCCACUCUCUCUCCCCUCCUCUUUCUCCCCUCUCUUCUCUCCCCUAUCUCCUCCCUCCGCUCUCCUCUCUCUCUCCUCCCCUCUCUCCUCUUUCCCCUCUCCCCUCUCCUCUCUCCUGUCUCUUCCCUCACUUCUCCCCUCUCUCUCUUCUCCUAUCCCCUCUCUCCUCUUUCCCCUCUCCUCUCUCCCGUCUCUUCCCUCACUUUUCCCCUCUCUCUCCUCUCUAUCCUCUCUCCCCUCUCCCCUAUCCCCUCUCGCCCUCUCUCCUUUCUCCUCUCUCCUUUGCCCUCUCUCCCCUUCCAUCUUCCCUAUGCUCUCUUCCCUCUCCUCACUCACCUCUCUCUCUCCUCCCUCCCCUCGCUCCUCUCCCCUCUCCUCGCUUUCCUCCCUCCACUCUCUCUCCUCCUCUAUCCCACCUCUACCACAGCCAAUAAUCCCUGUCUGAAUGUGAUCGCAACAUCCGUUUGCAUGGAACAGUUUUUUUGUCAGAAAAAAAGGCAUUCACUAUUACAACCACAUACAGAGCCGGGUCAGACGUUCUAAACAGUGUUUGGUUGGGUCAUAAACAACCCAAGGGAAUGGCAUUUCAAUAACAACAUUUUUACCUAGAAGAUCAUGGACAUCAUUACCUAUAAAUUACUUUACGCUAAGUCAACAGACCUAACUGAAGACAUAACAGGACAUUACAAUAGGACCUAUAGGCAUGUAUUAUGGUAGUGUACUAAAUUCCUUAUCUAAGUAACAAAACCCCAUGUUGCCUAGGUCCCAUGUUAUCUAGGUCCCAUGUUGCCAAGGUCUCAUGUCGUCUUGGUCCCAUGUCAUAUAGGUCCCAUGUCAUCUUGGUCCCAUGUCAUCUAGGUCCCAUGUCAUCUAGGUCCCAUGUCAUCUAGGUCCCAUGUCAUAUAGGUCCCAUGUCAUCUAGGUCCACUUGAUUCUGUCUGUCGUGUGCUUGGUCAUCAGUAAAACAAAACAAACAGUGCUUUGCAGGAUUAUUUUUUCAACAGAGGGUCAUCUGACCUGAGGGAAAAGCUAGAACAGCUACCAACCCAUUAAGACCAUUCACUCAGUAUACGUCCCAAAUGGCACCCUAUUUCCUAAAUAAUGCACUACUUCAGACCAGAGUCCUUUGGACCCAGGUCAAAAGUAUUGCACUAUAUAAGGACUAUGGCGCCAUUUAGGACAGAGCGUAAAAAACAUCUGUAGGGUGCAGGGCCGUUUGUGUGUCUCUCUCCAGCUAUCAUUUAAUCUAAGGGUCUCCUGGUGGAAGCAAAAUACGACCUUAUUUUGCAUGUGUGUGUGUGCUUUUGUGUAUGUGGGUAUGUUAUUGGCAGAUAGCGAGGUUCAUCAGCUGUUUACCCCAUCAGUCCUUUGUUCCCUUGCUGUGCCUGUCAUCAGGGCACCUGGCCGCUGCUACUGUGGCAUUAAUGAGACUACACCCCCACCUCCUCCACCACUCCUCCAGUCUUACUCUGGCCCCAUACCCUCCAUCCACCUCUGUCCCCCUCUAGGCUACUCUACAGGCCUAGAGGUUCAGUCACUGGCUAAUCCAGGCUUGCCUAGAAUUUAGACGCACACACACACACACACACACACACACACACACACACACACACACACACACACACACACACACACACACACACACACACACACACACACACACACACACACACACACACACACACACACACACACACACUUAAAUACCUAGUCUCCUGCGCCGGGAGUCCCCUGAAACAAUGUAUGAGAGGGAGAGAGGAGGGGUGUAGAUAUGAGUCUCACGUGCCCUGUAAAAGGGUAGAGGUAGCUGAAGGUGGUCCUUAGUCCCAGUGCAAGGCUGGCCUGGAAUGGCAAGAUGUGUGUAGUUGUGGUUAAAUGCUGCUGUUAUUGUUGUUAGCCUCGCUGUCUCAUUCUAGGGAUUACACCUGUGUCCCAAAUGGCUUCUUAUUCUGUUUAUAGUGCACUACUUUUGGCCAGGACCCAUAGGCCUUGUUGUUCUCCUCUUUAUAAAAUGUUUUUAAUGAAACCUUGGAAUCUCUGGUUCACACGUUUUGAUCUAAGUCACAUGUGCUCUAAUGUGUGUUUGUGUCUGUCAGGAAUAGACAACAGAUGUACCUCAGGGCCAGAGGGCGGGAUUUUUUCUGUGUGCAAGCUGUGCUCAUAAAAAUAUAUUUAUCAUGGUUGCCAAGGCAUUAAAAAAAUCUGAUUUGAAAUAUGAACAGAGAGCGCGAGAAGCUUUGGAUCCUCUCAUUCCCUUCUGGCCAUGGCAGUCUGUUAGCCUGCUAAUGAGCAAAACCACAAUAGCUACAAUAUGAAAACGAGGUGUGUAGAAUGUAGAAACACACCUAAGGUGAGACAUGGGAAUUGUCCCAAAUGCUCCAUAGCGCUCAUAAGACCCAUAGGCCCCUGGUCAAAAUUAGUGCACUAUGUAGGGAAUAGGGUGCUAUUUUGGGAUGCACCCAUACAGUAGGAUCACAAAGAUAGUUACUCCCGGUAUGAGAGGGUGAGGACAUUCUUCUAUCGCCUUCUAUGCAGACAGGUCUUGCUGCCAAACCAAUUGUAUUUCUGUUGAUGCUAAAGCAACAUAACAGCCUCUCAGUCUCUCUUCACUCUGAUUCUGGAUGAGAGUGCAAUAGGUUGCAAUGGGUUGCUAUAGGUUGCAAUGGGUUGCUAUGGGUAUGUUGAACCAAGGCAACUGGUCUACUGUCCUAGACCUAGAAGACAUGUUUCAGGGUGUGGAACCUCGGCGCUCAAUGCUCCUCUUUCGCCCAGACGGGUGGUGGGUGGCACCCUAACCGUCCCCUCCCCCUCCCCCAUGCCAGGCAAAAUGCAUUUACACACUUACAGUAUGUUAUGUGGGCUGAGCAUACUGUACUGGAAUAUCCCCCCACACACACCUAUCUAUGAAUUUACACUCCACUCUCUGACUGACAAACCCUCACGCUAGAUCCGCCCCUUGACACGUGCAUACAGCACGUACACACACACUCAAGCAGACACACACACCGUGGUAAUCCACGAUUAAUCCUCCCAUCCAAUCAAAUAGAGCAAGGGGGAAUAAGUAAAUGCCAAAAGGUUCAAAAUCUGAGAGAGAUUUGGUCUUGCACUUCCAUCCUUCCCUCUGCGUUGGCCCUCCGCUUAGCCUUCCAAUUCAUGACACACUCCUUAUAACAACUUGGAGGUCCCCCAAGACCAAUGGACAAACCUCAUGUUCACUCCUUCCGCUCAGACCGAGGUUUAUUGGUGUUGGAGGCAGUCCAGUCCAGUGGUUCCUGCCUGCCUGCCCAGGGGCCUUGUAUUUCUAUCUAAGAAGUGGGAGACUAGAGCUGGGCGAGGUUAGCAAGGAUGUCUCAUUGCUGGGGACCACCGUCUCUGUUUCAGGAACCUCGGUCGACGGCCAUCUUGGAAGACGGCCGAUCACUCCUAUUGUUGUGGACGUUGUUGUGCAUUCAGUACAACACUGGCCACUGUCCAGCACUCAAGGCCUCUAGUGUGUUGACAGCAAUGAACCCUAUCCCCCUCCUCUUACCCGCUCCUCCUUUCUCCUCCUCUCCCUUAUCCCCGUCUCGCUUUCCACACACUCGGCUGUUGUUCCCCCGCCUGUUGCCAUUUGAUUGGAUGUUCAACCACAUUGUGGAGAGAGGAGCAGAUAGAAUGGUGGUGUUUGUUGGCCAACAGUCAGUCACAGACACAGCCUUAGUAAUGGGGCUCUAUGGCCUCUAUCUAUACCGUGUGUUGUAUGCUAUCCUGCCUAUAGGGGUGAUAGGGAUUGCACGAGGGUCAUAGUAUUGGGAGGAUUUUGCUUACACCAGGAGUCUCCUAGUCAAGUCCUGUUCUCCUCUUAUGUUUGCAUCUUUCAGGGAAAUCGUAAAAUGUUGCAUGUCUAUGUGUGUGACCUUUUAGGCAUCAUAACGUUAAAACGUGUACACGCUACAUGUAACUGGCAGUUUUGUUGGAAAUCAUCAUUCCAUUGAUGUCAGUGGGAGAUAGGCAUGAAGAUUUCAGUUCUUCAUGUUAAGAUGUGGCCCAUACAGGUUACAGCUAUGGGACUAAGCUGUAGUCCAUGUGAACAAGAGUAUUUCUUACAGUAAAGUACAUGUAGUCCAUGGAGAUAUAGAGAGAGACAUAUGCCCUGCAGAUGGUAUAUUUAUUAUUAGCAUGUUAUUGUAAUGUGACAUCCAUCAACCUUGAGUCCACCCUCACCUUCACCUUAAGCAGAUUACCCCUUUAUCUCUUUACCUCCACCCGCCCAAACAAAACCUUGAGCUGGAUCCCUGUUUAUCUAAUCGUAUGCCUAUACCAGACCUGUUUCUCUGUUUCCAACCAAUCAUAUGCUACUCAACAGGAACUGUGACUCUACCUGUCCAAUCAAACACCUCAGCAGAACCCUGGAACUCGGUUUGACUGUUGGAUGAAACUACUGAUUGGCCGACAGGAUAUUCUUUGCAACCCCAUUGGUCGAGAUUCUCCUUCACUACAAAUGGACUAAAUAUGGAGAGUCAACCAGGAAUAAAACAAAAGACUGUUGGACCCUAUUCUAUGAACUACAUGGGUAGGACUCAAGCAAAGACUAUUGCACCUCAACCAUCCAGGAUAUUUCAAAUGGAUCUCAGGCCCUAGUUUGGCGUAGUGGGAGACUGUGGUUUGGUGGGAAUAUCAGGCGAAGGCUGUUUAAGUCACCAUUGCUCUGUGAGUUCUGGUGAACUUGUUUUCUCAGUGUGUAUUUCUGCAGUGUUGGAGUAGAAUUUCAAUGGCACACCUAUAACAGUCUAAGUGCAGACUUAAAGAGAUAGUUAAAAUUACAAAAUGACAUAUUGGUUUGAAAUAUCCCUUUUAAAAGAAGUAGAAAAUUGUGCAGCUUAACUAUGUUGCUGUGUGACAAAACAAACUGACGACAGGAAAAACAAAACAUAGGUCAUAUCUUGUUACUGUGGUGGUGUGCAUGCCAGAUAGACUAGCAGGUAUUGUUUUGUUUUACGUUUGCUUUUUUGUUUUGAUUAGCUUUUGUUUUAAUGCCGUACAUGUGUUUUCUAUUCAAUGUUAUUUCCUUAACUUAAAAAAUGUAAUCAGUUCAUCCCUAGUCGUGGGAGAAGAUCUGAUGUCAAACAGUAUUAGUAUGUAAUUCAAGGGGUAAUUCAAGUCAUGAUGACUGUUAUAAUUGUAACUGCACAUUUGAAGUCUUAUUGUCAUUGUGGAUGUUAAGUUAUUGAAUGACAGAGAUAGAGAAUCUACAGUACCUGUAUUCUCAUUUUAUUUUGAUGAACCUUUGUCUUUAACAUCUCGAAGAAUGUGAAAUCACGUAAACAAUAGUUUCUCCCAUUUCUCCACCGCUAUGUCUUAGUGUUUGUUCAAAGAUGUCAACACUGCGAUAUCAGACACAGCUUUUGACACAACACUGUUCAGACAUGGUAGAUCUGGUGGUAUAAUUGGCAUCAUUGGGAUGGGUGGUGGGUCAGGAGGCUGGGUACGUAGGGUCACAUCCCAAAUGGUACCCUAUUCCCUAUAUAGUGCACUACUUUUAACCAGAGCCCUAUAGACUAUAUAGGAAAUAGAGUAAUAUUUGGGACACACCCCUAGCUUUCAGUUAGAAGGAAGUGUUUCAGUUUGUGCUUGUCUCACUUCCUCUGAGGAUGUUGUGAAAUGGGUGGAUGAUUGAUUUUACGAAAACAUCAACAUAAUUUUGUAAUGGCUGCUGUGUGUAUAGCAAAUGCAUAAUCAAUGGAAUCAAUGGUGAGGCCUCAUCAAUGGACAACAGACGGUGAAUUGAUGCACAAUGGAAGACAUUGUAGUGGUCAGAUCACAGACAGGCGUCCCCACACAAGCACCUCCGGUCCUUACCCUCAUUGUAGCUAUGUCUUAACCCACAGCACUGCAUAUAACUGAGGCCUCUGCUUCUUUUCAAGGCUACAUAGCACUCCUAUUUAUAUGAAAGGAAAAUACUUAAACAAAAUACUGAACAAAACAUCAAUAAAGAACUGUCUGAAUGAUCAGUGCUUUGAGUUAGACACUUACCUGUUGCCAACCCUCUCAUAAGACCUGUACCCUUCAGUCUCCUCUCACCGUUGCUGCCAACUCAACCCUUACCCCAGGUUUCCAUGGUUACCUGGUACUGACUGACAAUGUCAUUGUGAUAAAACUCAGUUGAAAUGGAGAGACCAGAGUUACUUUUAUAAAGCCACCUCAUAUGUGUGUACAGAUGUAGGAUCUUACUUUGAUCACCCUAGUGUGGGGACUUAACCGCCAUGCAGGACAUUUAAAACUUGUAGUGUAUUUGAGGUUUAAAAAGGCUUCUGAAGUUUGUAAUUCACACUUUGAAACAACCCUUACAAAAAUGUCCAUUAAUUAUAAUCCACAUAAUAAUCCACAUUUCCUGUUGCUGCAGGAUUAUUUUCCUGUUGUAGCAAACUGGCUCAAAUUAAGAUCCUACAUCUGUAUGCAACUCGAUGUGUCUAAAAUUGUUGUUGGGGAACACUUGAAGAUGAAAACAAUGUGACUUUGUUUUUCAUGUUAAAAUGCAAUUUUGUUUCCUUUUUUCAUUACGAUGUUGAUGAUUAUUACUAUUAUUAUUCAAUAAAGUAUUGAGGUGAAAUUCC